AUGUCUAUUUCAAUGCCUACUUCAAGUGUUGACAUAGCUUCUUCAAACAACCACAACAAUCAUAAUGAGUUUCAACCUUAUAGAUUAUCCAUUGAUAAAGUUGCCAAACUUUUAAAUACCAAUAUUCAAGAUGGUUUACAUGCAUCAGAAAUUAGCACCAGAUUACAAAAAUAUGGUGAAAAUUCGUUAGGUGAUGGUGAUAAAAUUUCUUAUACAAAAAUCCUUGCUCAUCAAGUAUUUAAUGCUAUGAUCUUAGUUUUGAUCAUUUCUAUGGUUAUUGCAUUAGCCAUUAAAGAUUGGAUUUCUGGUGGUGUAAUUGGUCUUGUGGUAUUUAUAAACAUAUCAGUUGGUUUUGUUCAAGAAUUUAAAGCUGAAAAGACAAUGGGUUCUUUAAGAUCUUUAAGUUCUCCAACUGCUAGAGUCACUAGAAAUGGUGAUGACGUUAAUAUCCCAGCUGAAGAUGUUGUUCCUGGUGAUGUUGUUCUUAUUAAAGUUGGUGAUACUAUUCCAGCUGAUUUAAGAUUAAUUGAUUCUAUGAAUCUUGAAACUGAUGAAGCUUUAUUAACAGGUGAAUCAUUACCAGUGGCUAAAGAUCAUUUAGCAGUUUAUGAUAAUUUUAAUCAACCAAUCCCAGUAGGUGAUAGAUUGAAUUUAGCAUAUUCAUCAUCCGUUGUUUCAAAAGGUAGAGCUACGGGUAUUGCUAUCUCAACAGGUUUAAAUACCGAAAUUGGUAAAAUCGCUAGCUCGUUAAAAUCAGAUACUGGUUUAAUCAGAAAAGUUGAUAAAUCAAAUGAUAGAAAACCAAACAAGAGAGAAUAUUCAAGAGCUUUCUUUGGUACAUUAAAAGACAUCGCUGGUAAUAUUUUAGGUAUUACAGUCGGUACUCCAUUACAAAGAAAAUUAUCUUGGUUAGCAAUCUUCUUAUUCUGGGUGGCUGUUCUUUUUGCUAUCAUUGUUAUGGCAUCUCAAAAAAUGUAUGUUAAUAAGGAAGUUGCAAUUUAUGCUAUUUGUGUUGCCUUAUCAAUGAUUCCAUCUGCUUUAAUUGUUGUCUUAACUAUUACAAUGGCUGUUGGUGCCCAAGUUAUGGUUAUGAAAAAUGUCAUUGUUAGAAAAUUAGAUUCAUUAGAAGCCUUAGGUGGUAUUAAUGAUAUUUGUUCUGAUAAAACUGGUACUUUAACUCAAGGUAAGAUGAUUGCUAAAAAGGUAUGGUUACCAACUGUUGGAACUUUUGAUGUUCAAAAUUCUGAUGAACCAUUUAAUCCAACUAUGGGUGAAGUUAAAUUUUCAAAAUACACUCCUCAAUUUAUAAGAGAUGCUGAUGAAGAAAUUGAUUUUAAUUUAUCUUAUCCAGAUAAUCCAAUGCCAAAAAAUUUCCAUAAUUGGUUAAUGACUGCCACUUUAGCUAAUAUUGCAACUGUUAAUCAAUCCAAAGAUGAAGAAACUGAUGAAUUAGUUUGGAAAGCUCAUGGUGAUGCUACUGAAAUUGCAAUCCAAGUCUUUACCACCAGAUUAAACUAUGGUAGAGACUCUUUAGAACUGAAUUAUAAUCACUUAAAUGAAUUCCCAUUUGAUUCUUCAAUUAAAAGAAUGUCAGCAGUUUAUCAACAUAAGGAAUCUGGUGAAACUCAUGUUUAUUCAAAAGGUGCUGUUGAAAGAUUAUUAAGUUGUUGUACUUCAUGGUAUGGAAAUGAUGAUAUUACCGAUGACCAUUAUGAUUCUCAAACCUUACUUCCAUUAACUGGAGAUGAUAAGGAAAUCAUCGAAGAAAACAUGCAUGCCUUAUCAGCCCAAGGUCUUAGAGUUCUUGCAUUUGCUACCAAAGAUAUCACUGGUGAUUCUUCCAUCGAUACCGAUAAUAGAGAUCAAAUUGAAUCUAACUUAAUUUUCCAAGGUUUGAUUGGUAUUUAUGAUCCACCAAGAAAUGAAACUGCUCCAUCCGUUAAACUAUGUCAUAAAGCUGGUAUCAAUGUCCGUAUGUUAACUGGUGAUCAUCCAGGAACUGCUAAAGCUAUUGCUCAAGAAGUUGGUAUUUUACCUCAUAAUUUAUACCAUUAUAGUAAAGAAGUUGUAAAAGUCAUGGUUAUGACUGCCAUGGAAUUUGAUGCUUUAUCCGAUGAAGAAAUUGAUCAAUUGCCUGUCUUACCAUUAGUUGUUGCCAGAUGUGCUCCUCAAACCAAAGUUAGAAUGGUUGAAGCAUUACAUCGUCGUGAAAAAUUCGUUGCUAUGACUGGUGAUGGUGUUAAUGAUUCUCCAUCAUUAAAGAAAGCCGAUGUUGGUAUUGCUAUGGGUCUUAAUGGUUCUGAUGUUGCUAAAGAUGCUUCUGAUAUUGUCUUAACUGAUGAUAACUUCGCUUCCAUUUUAAACGCUGUUGAAGAAGGAAGAAGAAUGUCUGCCAAUAUUCAAAAAUUUGUUUUACAAUUAUUAGCCGAAAACGUUGCUCAAGCUCUUUAUUUAAUGGUUGGUUUAGCAUUUAUUGAUGAAUCAGGAUUUUCAGUAUUCCCAUUAUCUCCGGUUGAAGUCUUAUGGAUUUUAGUUGUUACCUCAUGCUUCCCAGCUAUGGGUUUAGGUCGUGAAAAGGCUUCUGAAGACAUCUUAGAAAAAACUCCUAAUAAUACUAUUUUUACUUGGGAAGUUAUUUAUGAUAUGUUUGCCUAUGGUGUUUGGAUGGCUGCUUGUUGUUUAGCUUGUUUCUGUAUUGUUAUCUAUGGUAAGGGUGAUGGUUACUUAGGUGUCAAUUGUAACGCUAACAACUCCAAUAGUGAUGUAUGUGACUUGGUAUUCAGAGGUAGAUCAGCUUCAUUUGCUACUAUGACUUGGUGUGCUUUAAUUUUAGCCUGGGAAUGUAUUCAUCCAAUGAAUUCCUUAUUCUACAUGAGACAAGAUACUGACAAUCCAUGGUGGAAACAAACUGCCAUUGACUUAUAUGGUAAUAAAUUCUUAUUCUAUUCAGUUCUUGGUGGUUUCGUUAGUGUUUUCCCAGUUGUCUACAUUCCAGUCAUUAAUACUAAAGUCUUUUUACAUAAACCAAUUGGUUAUGAAUGGGGACUUGCAUUUGGAUUCACAAUCUUAUUUUUAUUAGGUGCUGAAGCCUGGAAAUGGGCUAAGAGAAUCUUUAGAAGAAAUCAAGCAUCAAAAGCAAAGAAUCCAGAGUAUGAAUUAGAAAGAGAUGAUCCAUUCGAAAGAUAUGCAUCAUUCUCUAGAUCCAAUACCAUGGAAAAGCCAUUAAAGAUGGUUUAAGCAUAUUUUCAUUUCAUUAUUAUAUAAUUUAUUCUAUACAUACAUCGAUUGUUCCCCCCCCCCGCUUCUCGUUUUUUCGCAUCUUUCAUUUACAUUACUCUUUUAUAAACUAAUUAAUAAAUUCAUAAUAAUUUUAAAUCAU